AUGCCCGGCCCCCUCUACCGUGACCCCUGGGCCAAGCGCGAGGCCUGGCGCAAGUCGCCCAUCUUCUCCAACAAGGCCAUGUUCAGGAAUUUCUUCCCCGGCUUCGGCACCGCGGUCGUCGCGUUCACCGCGUACGUCAUCUACGACGACUUCUUUGCCAAGAAGCCCGCACACGGCCACCACUAG